AUGGUAUCAGACUUUCCUUAGAUCCUCUCCACGAUGACAAACUCCGGCGGAACUCCCUCCCAACCCGCCGCCGGCAGCCAAACUCUCCCGGCUGCCUCCUCCGCCACAACUCUCACCAUCCCUUCCACCCUCUCCUUCGGCGACACCAUCACCGAUGUUACUCCAUUCAUCCCCAUUGUUCUAGAUCUCCGUAGCCGCAACUGCUAUCACUGGCGUCAUUUGUUCGAGAUCCAUCUUGGCCGCUGCUCCCUGCUCCACCAUAUCUCCGACGAUUCACCACCAGAGCCGCAAAACUCUCGCUGGCUCAAAGACGAUCUUGCUAUCAUCCAGUGGCUCUACACCCGAAUCUCCACCGAGCUCUUCAAUCUCGUCGUGAAGGAUGGGGCCACUGCAAGCGACAUCUGGCAGGAACUCCGCGGCCUCUUUCAAGACAACCGUGACGCCCGCAUAUCGGCCCUCAAUACCGAGCUCCGCACGAUCACUCAAGGCGAUCGCCCAUGGGUGUUUUCUGCCAGCAGAUCAAGGCUAUCGACGACGAGCUCCGUGAACUCGGGGAAGUCGUUGCUGAUCGUGCUCUUCAUGCGCUCAUGGGUGGCCUUGACGAGCGGUUCGCGCAGCAGGCGUCGCUGAUCCCUCUUCUUCGCCCACUGCCGUCUUGUCGGAGGCGCGCUCGAUGCUGCAGCUCGAGGAGCAGACGCAGGCUCGCAAGACGGGCACGCCUCAUCUCUUCCACACCACGACUCGUCCUGCUCCGCCGCCAGCCGCGCCUGCUGCUCAACCUCCUCCUGGAUGGCGUCCAAGUCCUAACUACAAGGGCAAGCACCCAAUUUACCGUCCUCCCAAGCAGGAGUCGCCAUCUGCUUCGUCGUCUUCGGCGCCUGCACCAUCGGCUCCCAUGGCGCCUCCGGCUUCGGCUCCAACUCCACCACCGUGGCGCCCUUCGCAUGACCCUUGGACGGGGCUUGUGCAAGCCUGGCCGAUGCCCUGGUCCGCGCCAUCACCGUACGGAGCUCCACCAGCCUAUGCAUGGACUUGGACGUCGGGCAUGCGUCCUUCGACUGACGCCCCAGGCCUUCUCGGUUCGCGGCCGCCGCCGCACGCCUACAUAGCGUACGCUUCGUUGUACCACUCUUUGGCGGCUCCGACGGCGUCAUCUGCGUACCCCUACGGUGCACCACCUGCUGCCUACUGGGACUUGGCCGUCCCACCCGCACCGGCGUCUGCACCAACUUACCCUCCACCGGCGGCACCUACAGCUUCUGCUUCGACUACACCACCACCAACCUGGGAUCAGGCUGCGUUCAUUGCUGCCAUGAACUCUCUUACCACUCAAGAUUCAGGAUCUUCGCAGCAAGGAGGUGAUAGCUCGGUUCAAUAGUUCCGGCGACUUGUACACCAUGCACGGUGUGUCUUCAUCUCCAGCAGCCCAUGCCAUGAUUGCCUCCAUCUCCCUAUGGCACCGCCGCUUUGGUCAUCCCAGCAACGCCAUGACGACUACCAUCCUCCAAGAAUUUCAGCUCCCACAUGUUCGGGAUUCACAUGAUUCUUCCUUAUGUUCAUCAUGUCAAAUGGGCAAACAUGUUAGGCUACCCUUUAGUACUUCUACUAGUAGUAGUUCCUUUCCUUUCGAGUUGUUGCACUGUGAUCUAUGGCAAUCACCUACCCCUGGUGUUUCAGGUUUUAAGUUUUAUCUUGUAAUAGUGGAUGACUACUCUGACUAUAUUUGGACCUUUCCGCUACGUUCUAAAUCUGAUGUCCAUUCUAUCUUUGUUAA